GCUCCCGCUACGUUGGCUGCGCCCUCUGCCCCACCCUUUAUGCCAGCUGCAGCCUCUUUAGCAACCUUUGCUGUAUCCUUUGCUGCGUCUUUAACACCAUCUCCGACUUUGUCUGCAGCGUCUUUAACACCAUCUCCGACUUUGUCUGCAGCGCCUUUGACACCAUCUCCGACUUUGUCUGCAGCGCCUUUGACACCAUCUCCGACACUUUGUCCAAUGUCCUUAAACCCCUCUCCGAUUGACUGAAAUCCGUCUGUAAUGCUUGGGUUGGGUGUGCGGCUGUCAAGCACAGUGCCUGUCAAACCAGUGCCACUCAUUUCCAGAGGUGCUGCAGCGGUGAGGCUAGCAGCUAGCACAAUAAGAAUUAUUUCAGGGAUACGCAUUGUAAAGUAGGGUAAGUUGGAAUGAAGAAGACAUAAAAGGACAGAAAGAUUUAGUCUUUGUAAAAGAGACGUCUAAAGAACUGUUUACAAAACAGCAAUGUUGAUGGAAAUAGAGGGGAAUAGUCGCAGACUAUAGGAGAAAGUAAUAGAUAGGUACCCUUAGU